CAUGUAUAGAAGGGCCGAGCAUGAGCAUGAGACACACACACGUCGACCUCGCGUCGGUCCUCGCAGAACCAAACCCUCAAAUCGACCUAAGACUCUCCGCGUAUGAGAUAUCGACGGGCAAUUUCCUCAAGGCCGUCACGCACUACACCAGCCGUGCCAUCGCUGAGAUUACGAAGCACAGAACUGCACAAGAAGCUGACAAGAGGCGGCUCGCUGAGAGGAUCCAAGCAGUAGAGGCGGAGACAAACCAAUGCAAGCUAAGGGAGAUCGAGUUGCUGGCAGUUCUCAGCAAGGAGCAGGAAGAACGGAGAGAUUCGGAGCAGUCCGUUUCUGUGCUCAAGCACCAACUCGCAUCCAUACGCGAACAAUGUGCUGUUAUAGAUGCAGAGGUUGAACAAUAUCGUGCAAUCGCUUCAAACCUUCGACGAGAAAGACAGCGUGAGGAGGAUAUCCUCCGUACCCACGCGGCGGAAGUGGCAACGGAGUUCGCGGCUUACCAGUCGUGCUUAUGCUGCCACAUAGAGGGAGUUGAAGCCGACCAGCUUCUCAUACGCUUCUCGCAUGUGGACGAAGCUAAUCCAGAUAGAGAAUUCAGCUUUGUUCUUGACGUUGCAGCUCCAUCAUACAACGUGAUCACCACCACACCCCCUCUCCCCACCUUGCCCAUCCUCUUGAAUGAUCUCAAAGAAACGGGGAACAUAUAUCGCUUUAUUAAACUUAUGCGCAUGGCAUUUUCCGAAUCUCUACACUCGCGUUCCUAAAGUGUCUCGUGUGGUGGUGACGUUCCAGAAGUCUACGGAUUUAUCAUUCUUCAUUGUCUACCACCCAACCAGUCUUGUCCCUAACUCCACCAGUGCUACCUAGCUUGACCUUGGUUUUCGCCUUUCUUCCUCCGAGUUCUUUGUACAUCUCUCGCAUCUCCACUUUACUGGGGCGACUCUGCUCUUCAUCUUCGAGUCUCCACCUUUCUUCGUUCCUCUCCUUUGGUGUUUGGUAGCCCCUCCUCGAUGGUGAAGUCCGUCCCGAACCACUCGGAUGCAAUGGGUACGAAGGGGUCGAUUUAUUGGAAACCAGUUUCGAGUACGCGAGACGCUGUGCACAGUGGAACAUGAGCUUAUCGAUGUCUCGCAGCACGAUCGGUCACGGACCCAGUUUUCCCUGGACUCCCUGCGAGUCCAUUUUCCAGGAGGCAAGGCAUCUUCAAGGAAACUCUCUUUCCUACACUGUAGGAACCACA